CCCCAGCCCUCCCCCGUCCCCCGCCAUUUCGGACCGGGACGGAAAGGGACGCGGAGCGGCCGCCGCGGCGGGGCGGGCAAAGGGAGGGAGGCGCCGGCGUGCUCCCGCGGCCCGCUGUAGCGCCAGGAAGGGAGGGAGUUGCUUUCCGGUAAUAGUAAAGGAAUGUGAUACUGAACGAAAAUGCACCGACAGCAUCCUCAUUAGUUGGAGCCUGACUCUUUCUGCUUAAUGUUCAUUUCUUUGUCAUCAGGUUGGCUAAAAAAUGACAGAAUAUAAACUUGUUGUCGUUGGAGCUGGUGGUGUAGGCAAGAGUGCCUUGACAAUACAGCUAAUUCAGAAUCACUUUGUGGAUGAAUAUGACCCUACAAUAGAGGAUUCCUACAGGAAGCAAGUAGUAAUUGAUGGAGAAACCUGUCUCUUGGAUAUACUUGAUACAGCAGGUCAAGAGGAAUACAGUGCAAUGAGGGACCAGUAUAUGAGAACAGGAGAAGGCUUCCUGUGUGUAUUUGCUAUAAACAAUACAAAGUCAUUUGAAGAUAUUCACCAUUAUAGGGAACAGAUAAAGAGAGUUAAAGACUCUGAAGAUGUUCCAAUGGUGCUAGUAGGAAACAAAUGUGAUUUGCCUUCCAGAACAGUAGAUACAAAACAAGCUCAGGAUUUAGCAAGAAGUUAUGGAAUUCCUUUCAUUGAAACAUCAGCAAAGACAAGACAGAGAGUGGAGGAUGCUUUUUAUACAUUGGUGCGAGAGAUUCGACAGUACAGAGUGAAAAAAAUCAGCAAAGAAGAAAAGACUCCAGGGUGCGUGAAAAUAAAAAAAUGCCUUGUAAUGGGUGUUGAUGAUGCCUUCUAUACAUUAGUUCGAGAAAUCAGAAAACACAAAGAGAAGAUGAGCAAAGAUGGUAAAAAGAAGAAAAAGAAGACAAAGACAAAGUGUAUAAUUAUGUAAAUACAAUUUAUCCUUAUUCUCAAGAAGUACUUAAGUAAUUUUUGUACAUUACACUAAAUUAUUAGCAUUUGUUUUAGCAUUACUUUACUUUCUGCUUCAAGAUCCUGUUAGCUUUACCUGAAUGCUUGUUUUAAAUGACAGUGGAAACUUCAUUCCUCUUAAAGUGCCAGUAUUCUUUGACUGUUGGUUCUUGAACUAGCAAUGCCUGUGAAAAACAAAAUAAACCAUAAAAACAAACAAAAAAAAACACCCCACACAAAAUCCUGAGAACUAUCUUGGGACUCUUUGGUGCAUGCACAGUUGCUAACUUCCUAUUUUUCUUACUAAUUGUGAAUUUCUGUUCUGUGUGCAAACCAAACAGUUAAAUGAUGCUCUACAUAUUCUAACAACCCCUAUAUUUUUGUUUGUUUUUGAAAUCUGGUUGGGGGAAAAAGGACUAGUUAGCAAAAGAGACUUUCAUUUCAGACUUUCUUUGAUUUUUAGACUGACUGCAAUAUAGAGAGACCAGAAGCCUUUAUAGUCUUCCUGUAGAUUUUGCUUCUAGGCAUCUAGUCUUGUAGCAUUUCAGAUCAACUUUAAUGAAUGUAAAGAGAAACCUUUCACAAAAAAUUUUUUCACUGCAGUUUGUCACAGCCACUCCUUAAAUACUCUAUUUUUUCUAUAAAAAAAAAAAAAGAAAAAUCAAAAAAAGACAACAAUGCACAUCUGGCAAUGGAAAAAGUAAAAGUUCUAAUUAGGUUGAUAUGCUAUUGUUAAUGAUUUGCUUUAAGACUUUCACUAACUUUUUGUGUCUGAAGACCAAGGUGAAAUCCUAGCUCUCCUGAGCUGCAGAGUUCUCUCAAAUCUUUAAGUAGCUUUGUUCAGUAGGUGCAGGACUUCACUCUUACUGUCUCUAGGAAAUACUAGAAAGCCUUAAUUUAAUCUAAGAAUUUGAAUCAACUUAUCUGUUAAUUCAUGCAUGGAUCCAGAAUUUAUCAUAAGAAUUAAAUCAGAAAGAAUCCUAAAUUACGUAGCAAAGUAGAACCAUUCUUCUCCCCACUCCUCCCAAGUGUGGCAUUCAAUAUUUCCAGAUGCCUCUUUUGUGCAAAAUAGGGGAGGAAUUUUAAAUUCUAGUAACAUCAGAUGAGAAUUUAUCUGCUUCAUGCAAAUAAUUUGGAAAUCCACUAUGCCAUUAAAAUGGUGUGGAAUUUGCACAAACCUUCAGCGUAGAACGUGGUUUCCAGACUCAAUGUUGUUUGUGUGAUGUUUGUGAAGUACUAGUUUUGUUGCACAGAUUAAAUGGUUGGUGAGUGGCAUUCCAAUGUCUAGACUGUCAUGAAGCUAGACUAAGACUUUAAUGUUGUCUUUCUCUGUCAUUAAGUUCUCUUGUGACUUUUUUUUCCUUCCCGCCUUUUUUUUUUUUCUGAUUGGAAUUAAUGCAGAAUAUUUGCAGCAGCUUUCUUUUGGUACUGCAGUAGUCUAGUUCUUGUGCAUUAAAGUAAGAGCCAGUAAUUCCAGUGUGGCCAGUUCCUUUUGUCUUACUGUAAAUGUUGCAUUGGUUGUUUCAUGGGGGCCUGGGUUCCUGAAGGUACUCUUCUUUGUAGUACCUAACUCAGCUGCAGAGUAAAACUUGGAAACGUGACUCUGGCAUACCCGAAAAAGAAAUCAAACACGAGACAUUGAAGUAGGAUAGAUAGUUCAGGACACUGGAAUAUUUGGAACAGGGUAUUAGCAGCAUUGAUCUAACCUGAGGUAAACCUAAGCAAUUAUGUGAAAAAUUUACAAAACACAGUUUUCACUUAGACUGUUAGAUGAUGUCAAAGGUGCAACUGCAUGAGGAAAGUAUUCUUUUGCUUCUAAAAAAAAAAAAGAAUCGUAGAAUCAUAGUAUGGUAGGGUUGGGAGGUACCUUUAGAGAUCUAGUCCAACCCCCCUGCAGAAGCAGGAUCACCUAUAUCAGGAUCCUCAGUGGCUCUCAACGGUGGAGAUCUGCAAAGCUGGUAGGGGACAUACACACUAUCUGGACUGCUGCCUUUAACUUCAAUGUGGCUGAGAGAAAUAAUGCCUUUCCUUGCCUGCACUCCCCUUUCACCACCCUCCACCAAGACACAGACCCCCUCCCUUCCUCCUUUCAGCCUCCAUGUGAGUUACAUUUUAAAAAAUGAUGAAAUAUUCUGAAAAGUAGUCAUAGGAGGGCCUUUCAUUGUAUUGUAAGGACCAAGAAGGAAUAAGAACAGAUUCUUAAUGUUGCAAAACAUUUUACAGCUUCCAAGGUUAAAAUACUUUGGAGACAGAUAUUUACCCAUUUUGUAUACUCUUGAUUAUAUAUGAAGAACGUAGCAAAAGCAGAUAGUAUAUUUUGAGCAAAUGGAGGCAAUAUUAAGGUUACUUUUAAGAUUUUUGAUAACUGAGUCACACUGCAUGUAAAAUUAGGGCUGGUCUAAAAUUCUUACAUUAAUUUAACUGAACACUCUUUGAGACGUUUUAGCUGAAAUGUCUUAAUAAUCAAAUAUGGGUUUAUAUAGCUCUAAUAUAAAGCUAUAUAUAAGUUAUUUUUUUUCAGUUCAUGUGAUCUGUAGCUACCAAUCCAAUUAAAUUAGUACAAAAUCUAUUUAGAUUUGCCCUUAUUUCCUUUUUUUUUUUUUUUUAAAAAAAAUACCCAUCCUUGCCACUGUUGUGCAGUUUUGUCUCGGUAUUUGUUGAGAUUUGGUGAAGCAUGUUGGAUUGCAGCUUGCACAAGUUGAUCUUGUAAUUAUUCUGUCUUUUCCUAUUUGAAAUGCUUUCAAAGAACAUACCUGGCUGCUGUCUGUUCUGAUAGCAACUACUAAAUGAACAUGUGAAUCACUUCCCACGUUAAUACAUGAAAUUGCCAUGUGUCAGGGAGCAACACCUUCUUACAGUAGCUUUAUGUAACUCUGGUAAACAACUUUUAUCACUGGUUUUCUCAAACUUGACAUUUACUCCUUUUCACCAAGUCUCAUUGCCCCAAAGUUUUUGCACCAUCUAGACGUUGCUACAAUAACGGGAUCUCUGUAAUGGGUGAAUGCUGAUACACAAUCUUCUGCUCUUGUCUGUGCUAUGAAGCAAUACAAUGAUUACCUUCAAAGACCAUCAAACUGUAAACAAAUCAUUUUGUCUCAAGUUUACAUAAAGCUACAUAGAUGGUAAAUCUUUCCUAACGUUUCUUUAUUCCACUGUCUUGUGUUUUCAUGUUGAAAAUACUUCUGCUUUUUCCUCUUGAGUGCCAACUUCUUUCUAGAAUGACUUCUUAAUGUAAUAUGUUUACCUGGAAUGUAUUUUAACUAUUUUUGUAUAGUGUAAACUGAAACAUGCACAUUUUGUACAUUGUGCUUUAUUGGAUGUGGAAUAUAUGCAGUGUGAUCCAGUUUUUUCCAUCAUUUGGUUGCGUGACCUGGGAAUGUUGGUCAUACCAGACAUUAAGUUUUAAAAAAGGCAAAAAAAAAGAGACCACUGUUUGUUUUAAAGUUUUUAAUGUUUUUAGGAGUAUGUGCCGUGAGGUGAUCUGGAAUUUGUCAUUUUUUUUGUCAAACUGUACUGCUCCUAUUUAUUGUAAUGUAAUAAAAAUAGUUAUUGUGA